AUGGUAAGUGUUUUUGUAGAGGAAUCUUCAUUUCUUAUAAGUAAAUCGGAUGAAUGCUCCGAUCAAGAACAUUCAUCAUUAUGUUUUUGUCGUUCAUCAUAUCGACGUUCUAUCUUAACUGAUCUGUUUCUUGCUAAAAUAUUUCUUUCCCAAUGUAAUAAUUCUUUCUCUACUCGUCAAUGCCAUCAAAAUGAAUUUUAUCCACCUUUGUUUGAUCUUACUCAACUUAUACCAUCACUCACUAAUCUUUCACAUUGUCUCGAACAUAAACAUUGUCUUCAUAAACUACAUUCUAUACAAUAUUGUCAACAAUGUCAGUUGUUAACAUCAUCAUUAUUGACACAUAAUAAUCUAUAUCCUAUUCAUGAAAUGAUAAAUAAUCUUUCAAAUGAUAUAUGUUUUUAUCUAUGUCAUCAUGAUAGAUCAUGUGGUUUUCUUUGUCUUAAUCGAAAUAUAAUAGUAUCAAUUAAUUGUUAUCUAUGUCAAGGACGAAUACAGAAUAUCACUUGUCGUUGUAUUAAAAAUAAACAAUUAUUAACAUGUCUUCAAUCAUCCUACGAAAGUACAACACAUCGUUGGAUGCAAAAACGUGGUUUUCCAGCUGCUGGUAUUCUUGCUACACUUGUCUUAGCUGUCAUAUUAUUAGUCAUUGCAAUUAAACUAAUCUAUCAUCAAUUGGAUAGAAAUAGAACGACAUCAAAGUAG